AUGUCUGCUCUGAUUCCCGGAUCUGUUGGACGACGAUCUAGCUGCCAGUGCGUCCCGUCUACAGUCGCGUGGUCUCGCGCGGUCGUGGGUGUCUGCCUCGUCGACUUGCGUGCUGACCUUGCGUCUUGCGCCUCAAGCCUCGCUGGCCAGCUUGUUGUUCCUCUCGCACGCGACUUGCGCCUCGCCUGCGCACUGUUGUGUCUCUUUUGUGUGUCGUCCGUGGAUCGCCCACUUGUUCAUCGACGGAACGUCGUGAUUGCUCGUCGACAGGUCACUACACACUGCUCGGCUUGCCCUAACGGGUCCCUACCUGGCGAUGCGGCGUGA